UUUUCUUUCUUCUCGAGGACCACGUGCAGUACUUCCCACUUGAUGUCCGACAGAUAAGUUGACAUACUCCAGUUUUCGGUACAGUCCAGUCAUGGAUGCGACAUAUUUACUCCUGUUAUUCUCUUCUGUAGGGGCAACCACAGUCAUGCAAGACGUGGUGAAUCUAACAUGCACACAAGAGACUUGGCAUGUCACAGUUGACACUCACAAGCUAGCGUCUAUUUAUCCCAACUCUGUCCCUGAAAAUAUCUACCUGUCGAACUUAUUUUGUCCUGGAGUCCGACAAGGAGAUCACCUGAUCUUCAACACUUCCUUUGAUGACUGCAACACUCAGCUGAAGACGAAGAACAUGUCACUGAAAUACAGCAAUUACCUCAUAGAAUAUGACGUCGAUCUCCAAACUCACUUCGUCACUGGAGCAAAAUGGCGUUAUGACCUAGGAUGUGAUUUCCUCCAAAACGCAACAGAUUCUACCAGUCUGGUUCCUAGCAACAACAACACGGCCACCGCUCACAAAUCUGGCAGUAUGGACGGACAUGAGGCCGCCAUAACGUUCUACAGUGACAGCUUGUAUGAAAAUGAAACCCGCGGAAACCCCUUGGAGGUCAGCAUUGGAACUCGUAUAUAUGUUCAAGUUGGGAUGGUUGGAUCUGCUGAUGCCAAACUGCUGGUGGAUAACUGCUUCGUCAGUGAAAAGAUAAGACCCGAGGCGGCUACGUCCUUGCCACUUAUUCAGAACAGAUGCGAGGCGAACCAUUUCACCCAUAUAAUAGGUCAUACAGAUGACUUCACCCGUUUCUACUUUGAUGCCUUCGAUGUGCCCCAUCACCAUGACAGCGUCUACGUCACAUGUGACGUCAGUUUUUGCUCGCUCUUUGAUUUCUCGCCGGAAUGUCAAAACAUCUGUGAGAGGUCAAACCUGUAGGGAGACACCGGGAACAAUAAAUGAAUAUAGUCGUGCGAA